CACUGCGUGGCCGGUUCCCACGGAGGCGGUGUCUGGAACGCCAAGCGGAGAAAGAAAAAGGAGAUCCGGGAGAAGAGCGUGGAGCGGAUGCGGGUUGGAGCUUGGUCCGCUUCGGGUCGCUGGUCCUUCAGUCGAGCCGUCGGUGUCCGUCUUCUGUCCUGCCUCACAAAGUAGGGGACGCGGGGAACGGGCGGUACUGGCCUUGCUGAGCCACUCGCUCACCCCGGAAAAAUGCCUCUCUUCACUAGCAACCCCUUCGAUCAGGAUGUGGAGAAAGCAACUAGUGAAAUGAAUACUGCUGAAGAUUGGGGACUCAUCUUAGAUAUCUGUGAUAAAGUUGGACAAUCACGGACUGGACCUAAGGACUGUCUUCGUUCUAUUAUGAAGAGGGUGAACCACAAGGAUCCUCAUGUUGCUAUGCAGGCAUUGACACUUCUUGGAGCAUGUGUCUCAAAUUGUGGUAAAAUAUUUCAUUUGGAAGUGUGUUCAAGAGAUUUUGCAAGCGAAGUAAGCAAUGUACUAAAUAAGGGUCAUCCAAAGGUCUGUGAAAAGUUAAAAGCCCUCAUGGUGGAAUGGACAGAUGAAUUCAAGAAUGAUCCUCAACUUAGUCUGAUAUCUGCUAUGAUAAAAAACCUUAAGGAACAGGGUGUCAUGUUUCCAGUUAUUGGUUCACAGGCUGCAGAACAAGCAAAAGCAAGCCCAGCUCUAGUAGCUAAAGAUCCUGGAACAGUAGCAAAUAAGAAAGAAGAAGAGGACUUAGCUAAAGCUAUUGAAUUAUCACUGAAAGAACAAAGACAACAACAAACACCACUUUCCACUCUUUAUCCAAACACUACAACUCUCUCAACAAAUCACAAACAUGAGGGGCGAAAUGUUAGAGCAAUUUAUGAUUUUGAAGCUGCUGAAGAUAAUGAAUUAACAUUCAAAGCUGGAGAACUUAUCACUGUUCUUGAUGACAGUGAUACAAACUGGUGGAAAGGUGAAACUCAUCAAGGGACAGGAUUAUUUCCUUCCAAUUUUGUAACAGCUGAUCUUACUGCUGAACCGGAAAUGAUGAAGUCUGAAAAAAAAACGGUACAGUUUAGCGAUGAAAUUCAAGUUGAAACAAUUGAACCAGAACCUGAACCAAUGUAUAUUGAUGAAGAUAAAAUGGACCAACUGUUGCAAAUGUUGCAAAGUGCAGAUCCAACAGAUGACCAGCCGGACCUUCCAGAGCUUGUCCAUCUUGAAACAAUGUGCCAUCAAAUGGGACCUCUCAUUGAUGAAAAGCUAGAAGAUAUUGACCGGAAGCACUCAGAACUUUCGGAGCUCAAUGUAAAAGUGAUGGAAGCCCUUUCACUAUAUACUAAGUUGAUGAAUGAAGAUCCAAUGUACUCAAUGUAUUCAAAAUUACAAAAUCCUCAAUACUACAUGACUCAAUCUAAUGUUUCUAACUCUCAGGUUUAUCCAGGACAACCUCAGAGCAAUACUUAUUUGGUGGGAGGAAAUACACAGAUGAGUCACGUGCAAGGCUACAGCCUUCCAUCAGAUCAACUUCCAUCUCUUAAUCAAGGCACAGUUCCUCCAGUAGCAAGUUCUGGGUUAGCUAGCCAGCCAGUCCAGGCAACUUACACAAACACGAUGGUUGGUUCUGUUCCAGGAAACACUUACUCCAGCCAAGCUGCAGUCUAUAGCCCAUCCCCCGCUGCUUCUACUGACACUACUUCUUAUCAGAAUUCUGGAACUCUGUCUCAGGUGCCAGGUUAUAAUUUAGUCACCUCAACUCUUCCCCAGCCUCCAGGAAACCAACCACCACCACCACCACCACCACCACCACCACCACAGCCUCCAUCAUCACAGAAGGCAUUAUUAUAGGGCGUAGGACUUUGGAUUCCUAAUCUAAUCUAACCUUUGUUGAAGGCAGUUUACAAAGUUAUGAGUUUAUUUCUUUAAUAUCUUAAACAUGGGUUAUCCUUGGCUUAAUAAGAAUCUCUUGGUGAAGAAUUCUAUUUGCACUGACUUUUUAAGAUUUUUCUUUUACCUUUGGAAAAGGAAUUAAAAUAUUGAGAAUAUUUAAUUCCUUUAAAAUGCCUAAACAUUGGUACAAAGUUAUUUAUGUCUGCUGAAACUGUUGAGUUUGUGAAGAUCCAACUCAACAAAUUAUUGUGGCAUAUAUGUAAUGUACAUAUAAUAUGUUGUGUUAGUGAUUGUUCUGAAUUACUAUAGUGAUCAUGUGAACAUAUAAUGUGUUAAAAUUUACAUUAAUGUUUUAUUAAUCAUGAAACAUGGUCAUAGAUGGACCAUGUUCAUGGAUUUUAUAAGAAUGUUUGCUUUAACCCCUAUAUGUCAAAUAUUUACAGAUUGUGGAUAUGUUAUUGAACCUGAACUGCUUGGUUUUCAUUAAUAAUACACUGAAUGCAGUUGUGUUGUUUUCUGCCUUCCUGUAGCCUGUGGAUGCUAUGAAAUGACUAUCUACCAAAGUAGGCUAGAACUUCAGACACUCUUCAUUCAGAAAAUGUUUUAUGCUUAUCAGUAAUGGUUUCAAAACAAUAAGUGGCAGGCUGCUAAAUUUAUGGAACCAUGAAACAAAACUGUUUUAUCUUUACUGUUUAAAUGAUAAGACUUACAUUUCCAUGCUAGUUUUAUGUAACAUGCUGAGUGGGACACUUUGGAUGUGAAUGAAUGACAUUUUUAAACUAGAACAAUGAAAACACUACAUUUAUUAAAGUCUUGUUAAAGACUGCCAUAAUUGCCACUU